UUUUUUCUUUUAAAUAAAAGAAGCCUUUUUCGCAGACAACAAAAAUAAAACGAAUCGGACCUUUUCCCGAUCCAUAACCCGUAAUUCUCCCCUCACUCCGUCUCCUCCCGAUCUCCUCUGCCAUCAUCAAAUUGAUUAUCCCGGCGAAAUCCCCACCAUUUACUUUCCGAGCGACUUCUUUUAAGGUACCGAACACUCUGGUUGUCAAGAAUCAUGUCUUCCCCGGCUGAGAAUACACAGCUUGCAUCUCAUUUGUUUGAUGAACUUCUAGGCUCUAUAAUCAUGGAUGUUUCAUCUGAGUGUCACCGAAUUGCAAGAUUAGGGCUUGACAGAAAUUUAGAUGAUGAAGAAGAAGAACUAAAGCUAUCAGCACAAGCUAGGGCAAGAGUAGCAGAUCCAAGCAAUAGUGAAGCAAAUAGCAAAUAUGUUGUUGACAUUUUUGGUCAAACUCAUCCUCCUGUAGCCACUGAAAUAUUUGAUUGCAUGAACUGUGGUAGAGCUAUUGUUGCUGGAAGAUUCGCACCUCAUUUGGAAAAAUGCAUGGGGAAGGGGAGGAAGGCGCGUGUCAAGUCAACAAGAAGUAGUACAGCUGCUGCUGCACAUAAUCGGUAAUCAUGUUAGAAACACAAUCAAUACAAUACAACUUAGUACUGAUAAAUUUCACUAGUUUUCAACUCUCUAUACUUAUAUGAUAGUUUUGAUUUUUGAAACACAAUCGAAGCCUCUAAGUUAGCAUGAUUAAGGUAAUAUGAUGUUAUAUUUUUUCUAAUUUUUGUUUAAACGUGUGCUUUUUGGAUCGGUAUAUUGGUGGAUGUAUAUUAUGAAGGGGUUUUGUUAGUAUAAAUACGUAAGGUAUAAUGGUCUUGUUA